GCCACUCCCCUAAGGCUGAACAUGUUCAAAAGCCAGCAAGUGCCGGGAGAGAGGAGCAGCAGAAAAAGGCAGUGUGGGGAAGAGGCGGAAGCAAGGAGAAAGGGACGGCUGUCAGGGCAAGAAAGUGAGAGAGAGGAGAAGAGAAAAGGCAAAAGCAGGCAGCGACAGUCUUGGCUCAAAAGAGGAAGGUCAAGGAGUAGACAGGCUACAGAAUGGCCUUGCUCCUGUGGCUGGGGUCCCAGCUGUCAUCAGUCUGGAGCAACAUCUCUGUACUGGGAAUUUUUCUUACAGUGUUUACUUUGCUGCUUGACUUCAUGAAGCGCAGAAAGAAGUGGAGCCAUUACCCACCGGGCCCAGCCUCGCUGCCGUUUGUCGGGACCAUGCUCUCCAUUGACUUCCACAACCCCCAUCACUCCUUCAGCCAGCUUCAGAAGAAGUUUGGGAACAUCUUCAGUCUCCAAAACUGCUGGACCAACCUGGUAGUGCUGAAUGGGUAUAAAACAGUGAAGGAAGCCCUGGUCCACAAAUCGGAGGACUUUGCUGACCGGCCGUCAUUUCCAAUAUAUGAACAUUUGGGCUAUGGGAAGAAUUCUGAAGGGCUUGUUGUAGCAAGAUACGGGCACGUCUGGAAGGAGCUAAGGAGAUUCACACUCACUACACUGAGGAACUUUGGGAUGGGAAAGAAAUCCCUGGAGGAGCGAGUGGUAGAAGAAGCUGGAUAUCUUUGUUCUGCCAUCAAGUCUGAAGAAGGUAAAUCUUUUGAUGUACAUAUUCUUUUAAAUAAUGCUGUCUGCAACAUGAUCUGCAGCAUUGUCUUUGGAGACCGUUUUGACUACGGUGAUGAGACGUUCAAGAAGCUGUCAGAGUUAUUUCAAAAUUCCUUGAAUGAAGAAGGUGGAUUCCUGCCUCAGUUUCUUAACGUGGUGCCCAUUCUGUUGCGCGUCCCUGGAGUGCCAAAGAGAGCCUUUCGAGCACAAAGUGAGUUAAUGGACUUCAUAGAUGUGAUCCUAGAGAAGCAUAUGAAGACCUGGGACCCUGCUGACCCCCGAGAUCUCACAGAUGUGUUUUUAAAGGAAAUGGAGAAGGGUAAGGAAGCUGAAGAGAAUGGUUUCAACUACAAAAACCUUCGUCUGGUGGCCGUGGACUUAUUUACAGCUGGUUCUGAGACCACAUCCACCACUCUCCGGUGGGCAUUGCUGUACAUGCUUCUUCACCCAGAAAUACAGAGUAAGGUCCAGGCAGAGAUUGAUAAAGUGAUUGGCAGAGAGAGACCCCCCACCAUGAAGGACCAAGCAAGCAUGCCGUACACUAAUGCUGUGAUCCAUGAAGUGCAACGCUGUGGGGAUAUUGCUCCUAUUGGGCUACCUCACAUGACGUACCGGGACACUGAGUUGCAAGGCUUCUUUAUUCCCAAGGGGACAACAAUCAUCACCAACUUGUCUUCCGUGCUGAAGGAUGAGACAGUCUGGAAGAAACCAAACGAGUUUCACCCUGAACACUUCCUGGAUGCAAAGGGGCAGUUUGUGAAACCAGAGGCCUUCCUGCCCUUCUCAGCAGGUCGCCGUGCCUGUCCAGGAGAACAGCUGGCCAGGAUGGAGCUCUUUCUCUUCUUUACCACUCUCCUGCAGAAAUUCACUUUUGUGCUCCCCGAGGACCAGCCCAGGCCACGGGAGGAUGGUCACUUUGCACUCACCAACUCUCCACACCCAUUCCUGUUGCGAGCUCUCCCAAGAUAAGUGCACACCACUCUCACUCACAGACCACCACCCACCCAAACUCUGUCAGAAACAUUGCAGGACUAGGCAGGAUCAUGCCAAGUUCAAUCUCAAGCCUGUGCAGAAGGCCACAUCUGUGUAAAAUAAGGAUCUAGACCAAUGUCUUGUUUAGCUUCAUUCUAGUUGAUGUUCUUGAAUCAGACAAGAGACCUUCAGCUUCAACAACAAGGUGACAUUAAAGUGUAGUUUCAGACAAGUGCUUCUGGAAAAUCUUUCCAUCCAAGACAUACAUAUUCCCUUCAUUCCUUCCUGUUUAUUACAUACCUCUGUAUGAUGAACAAAUGCUGCAUUGUCUUCAUUUAUAGCUUCAAAGAAAGUAAAUUUGAAUCCCAACAAUCCUUAUGAUGUCACACUAUGCCUCUAGUAGGAGUAAAUACCAAGGUGUACAUAAACAAUCCAUAUGGUGGUAUUUUACCCACAGAAGAAAAUAAUUUGUGAAAUACAGAAAUUUAAAAAAAUACAUUUAAAGAGAAAUCCUGGUGUUUAGAUUUACUCUCUCCUCUAAUUAAAACUCGAAUUAUUUAAUUUUUUUUUUUUUUUCAUUGCAUAAAGUCAGCUCUUGGGCAGGUUUGGAAUUCACAAAGGGAUGGAGUUGUACUGUCGGACACUGUAUGGCCAUAGAUUUCAGAGUUACCUUUCACUUUCUUCCUGCAAUAUUCCUGACAAUUGGAUUUGCAAUAUGUAAAGAUAAAUUGAUAUUUCAAUUAGCAGUAACUCCCUUAGCCCAUCGAAAGAGACAAUCAUAAAAAAGGAUCUCCUAUGUAUAACCACCACUAAAAAACCAUAAAAUAUCUGAAAUCGGAGCACAUGUGCAGUAGCAAGUUUGUAUAAUAGUAAUUUUGGAAGCUAUGAAAGCUAUUUAAUUAUGCAAAUACUUAGUAACAUAAUUAUGAUUUGAACUUCAUCAGGAACUUCACAUUUAUGCUUUUCAUCUACAAAAUAACUUGAAAGAAUAAAAAUGAUGGGAAAUCUUU